AUGGAUCGAGCACUAUCAGAGUUGGAAUGCUCAAUAUUGGCACAAGAAUGGCCAAAGUGGAAACAAAGCUUUCUGAUGUACAUGUUGGCUUCGGGAAAAGAUGCGGAUCCAGAGCCUAAGAAGAUAGCCACAUUCUUGUGGUUGGCGGGAUCUAAAGCAACGGGAAUCUACAAUGCACUGUUUCCCAACGAUGGAACAACAAGCAGUAUGUUAGGAACUGCAGCAACGUCAGCAGACCCUGUGUCAUCAAAAGAUGUUGGUCGCUCACUGGACGAUGUGCUGAAAGCAUUCGACAAACAUAGUAUUCCAUUUCGAAAUACUACAAUGGAAACAUUUAAAUUCAAUAAUAUUAUACAGGCAGAUGGACAGCUUUUUAUUGAAUUCGAAACGCAACUACGCAAGCAAAUGCAGUUGUGCGAUUUUGAGUGUACCUGUGGCCAGAAGUACGAAGAAAGGAUGCUAAUGGAUCGUAUCAUUAUUGGCAUAAACGACAAAAGGCUACAACUAAAGCUUCUGGACUCCAAAAAUAAGAAGCUAGAGGAUGUGCUAAACGAGUGCAAAGCCUAUGAAGCUGCUACGGAAAACAACGCCAUUUUACAAAAUCAGCAACGUGUUUUGUUGGAGAGCAGUACAAUAAAUGCGGUUGCUCGCAAAUGCUAUAAUUGUGGAGCUACAUUUAACCGAAAUCAUCUGGUCGAGUGCCGCGCCAAGGAGGCGACAUGUCAUGCGUGUGGAAAACGCGGACAUUUUGCGAGAUACUGUGAGCAGCAGAAGAAACGAGAUAAACAACAUCCCUCUGGAUCUUCAAUUAGUAAUAUCUUCUGGCUAGAGUCAGCCUUCAAGAAGGUGAAUUUUGAGAAGUGA